AUGGCAGCCCGGGGGCUAACGAUUGUCAUCAAAUUGGGGACGAGUUCAAUUGUCGACGAGAAAACACACGAGCCUAUUCUCUCGAUUUUGACGCUUAUUGUCGAGACGGUAGCACGAUUGCGCAAAGAUGGUCACCGUGUGGUGUUGGUCUCGUCGGGCGCUGUUGGCGUUGGCUUACGGAGGAUGGAUUGGGACAAACGCCCAACACACUUGCCCCGAAUACAGGCACUUGCUGCCGUUGGCCAGUGUCGACUAAUGAGUCUCUGGGACAACUUGUUCUCACAUCUCCGAGUCCCAGUGGCUCAAAUUCUAUUGACGAGAAAUGACAUUGCGGAUAGAACCCAAUACAUCAAUGCUCAAAAUACGUUCGAGCAGUUGUUUGAGAUGGGCGUUGUUCCCAUUGUCAACGAAAAUGAUACCCUUGCUGUUUCUGAAAUCAAAUUUGGCGACAACGAUACCCUCUCAGCGAUUGCAGCGGCCACGGUUAAGGCCGACUAUCUAUUCUUGAUGACCGACGUCGACUGUCUCUACACGGCCAACCCUCGAACAAACCCCGACGCUGAGCCCAUCGAAGUGGUGUCCGAUAUCUCUCUAUUGGAGGCUGAUGUCUCGUCUGCCGGCUCAGCUCUUGGAACCGGUGGUAUGAGCACUAAGAUUGUGGCCGCCAAGCUUGGAACUAGCGCUGGCGUGACGACCAUCAUUACCAAGAGCUCCAAACCCGGCAACGUCCACGAUAUUGUCAAGUACCUCCAACGACUUCAAGAGGGACCCAACGCAAAUGGCGACCAGCCUUCCGACAUCCCACCUCCUCCUCUCCACACUCGGUUCCUCCCUUCUGAUACCCCCAUUCAAUCCGUCACCUUCUGGCUGCUGCACGGCCUGACCCCCCACGGUACUCUCUACAUCGAUCAAGGCGCCUACGAUGCGAUCCUGCACCACAAGGCCAGUCUACUCCCUGCCGGAGUAGUUGGUGUCGAAGGACACUUCGCUCAGCAGGAAGCGGUGCGACUGGUCGUCGCGGAGAAGCCAUCGCCCGAUGCCCUGGAUGGAGACUUUAUUCACCACGCGCAGGAGCCACGAGAAGUGGGACGUGCGCUGGUGAACUACGGUGCCAUGGAGAUUGCGCUCAUCAAGGGCCACCGAAGCACGCAUAUCGAGUCCUUGCUUGGUUGGUCUGAAAGUGAGUACGUUGCUUUGCGGGAGAACAUCUCCUUCCACCCGGAAGAAAGCCAUCCCGUGACGCCAUCACUUACUCCCGCGCUGGAGGAGUGGAAAUCGCCCAGGUCGCCACCUAACGGGCGGUCAUAA